AUGAUUUUUUUCUACCUCAUAAGCAUCGAAACAAACGAUUUCCUCGAGAACUACUUCGCCUUUCUGGGCGGCCGUUCUUCUCAGUACUCGGUCGGUCUUUACCAAGAUUUCCUAGCUAGAAUCACCAAAGACUUUGUGAAGAAGUUGCACGAACUUGGUGCUAGGAAGAUCUCACUAGGUGGAGUCCCACCAAUGGGAUGCAUGCCUUUGGAGAGAGCCACCAACAUUGGCACGGGAGGUGAGUGCAUUGGACGCUUCAAUGACAUUGUGGUCCAGUUCAACGGAAAACUUGAGAAGCUUGUUGAGAAGCUGAGCAAAGAGCUUCCUGGUUCCGUCCUCGUUUUCUCAAAUCCCUAG